UAAUUAUUUUAUUAAUCAUUAUUUAUUUAUUUUUUGAACAAAUUGACAAUGGUGGGUUUCAAACCCACCAUGGGGAGGGGAAGGGGGGAAGUGCACUUGCAAAGCAGCCCGAAUGCAACUUGACUCUAUUAAUCAUUAAUUAGUUUUAAUAAUUAAAAUAAACGAAAUUAGAUAACUUUAAUAACAUAAUGAGUGGUCAUGAUUAAGAAUGAUAAUUUAUUCCGAAACCCAUAAAACUCCAUAGGAUUCUUGCUUGGAGAUAGAGAUUCGAAAAAUGUUCUUUUCCGCCGGCGAAAAUGGAGGCUUUUUUUUUUCGAAAAAUUUCUUCCACCCCAUGAGUUUUCACAUAGAUUUGGCUUCCCAUCAUGGGGAUAGAAAUUCAAAAAAUAUUAUUUUCUACUAGGCAAGAACGAAAGCAUUUUUUCUCUACAAAAUUUCACAAGAAAUUUCCUUUACCCCAUGAGUCCUUGCUUGGAUCCAUAUAUAAUAAAAAGAAUAUAAAUUUAUAUUUUUAUAAAUUAUAAACUAUUUACAAAAACAUAAAACUUAAUUUUUACC